AUGGACUCCCCAUUUAGUAUCUCCACCAAUACUCCCUCCCGCUCCACAUCUUCCACCAGGCCUAAUAGCGCAAAUAAGAACAAUCGCGCUUCUAAUCCGAAAUCCAAAUCUUCCAGUUACACACUUCUAAAACAAGAUCAGCAAGCUAGGAAUAAAGAACCCGACGAUGACAACUAUGAUGAUGAAUCUUCGGAUGAUGAUUUGACAGGAGCAAGUUAUGAUUUAUUUGGGAACGAAUCGUAUAUUAGUGUACAAAUACGAAGAGAAGCUGUAGCCGUACUCGACAACCCAGAAUUAUUAAUGAUGCACGCAGCAGCCCGCAAUGAUUCUAUCCCUUCCACACGUCUAUACUUUCUUCAGCGCUUGUCUGGUCGACCAGAAACCCCAGCCCAAGAAAAGGAAGCUGCGGAACAUCGCCUGGCUCAACUUAAGAAAUUGGCCAAAAAGCGUGAUCUGGCUGAAACAAGUUCAGGCUCAACUUCCAAGGGACAAACAAAUUGA